AUGCAGUCAUCUAAUCCGUUCGCCUAUGCUACGCAGGUGCCUGCCCCACUUAUCACCUGGAUACUACUACUGACCCUGGUUCCCGCCCCUUCCGAUGCCACGGCUCCCAGCGAACCCGUUCGCUUCGAGUGUCCUGCCGGCCUUUCUAAUCUGUCCACAACUUCAAACAGUCAGACAGCACUGCUGUUCCUCGACUGUCCCCGGAUUCCCCUACAGUCAUCGACAACAGCCGACGCGGCGCCUAUAAAGCUGCCUCACCUACGCGCGGCGCUCUGUGGGCUUGGUGGCUGUGCCACGAUGCAGUCAUCUAAUCCGUUCGCCUAUGCUACGCAGGUGCCUGCCCCACUUAUCACCUGGAUACUACUACUGACCCUGGUUCCCGCCCCUUCCGAUGCCACGGCUCCCAGCGAACCCGUUCGCUUCGAGUGUCCUGCCGGCCUUUCUAAUCUGUCCACAACUUCAAACAGUCAGACAGCGCCCCCACUGCUGUUCCUCGACUGUCCCCGGAUUCCCCUACGGUCAUCGACAACAGCCGACGCGGCGCCUAUAAAGCUGCCUCACCUACGCGCGGCGAUCUGUGGGCUUGGUGGCUGUGCCACGAUGCAGUCAUCUAAUCCGUUCGCCUAUGCUACGCAGGUCAGUAAGCUGUAUUGUCUUUUCACAAAAAAAUCAAGCGACUACUGUCUUCUGCAGCUACCAGGCCCACAGUGCUGCCUUUCCGUUGCUAUUGAGUGUGCUGAUGUUGUACGUGCUUUGUUGUUAUUGGCCGGCGAUGUCGAGACAAACCCAGGUCCUGACGCGGUUCUCGAUGAACUAAAAAAACUAUCUGCUGGUCAGUCACAACUACUCACCGAGGUUCAAGGUCUUAAAAAUCAACUAAAAACUACGGAACAAGCUAUAUCUGCCCUCAGUAACAGAUUAUCCGACCUUGAAACUCACUAUCAAGACCUGGUUGCCCUACGCACCGAUAUAGAUUCGAUAUGCGCUAAUGCCACCCAAACAGCCAAAGACAUCAGAGAAAUAGAAGCCCGCCUGGAUGACGCGGAAAAUCGCUCGCGGCGCAACAAUCUAAUUUUUUAUAAUAUCGCAGAUAACAAUAAAUCGGAAACCUACGCCGAAUCUGAAGAAACAGUCCUUCGCCUCUGCCGUGAUCACCUAAAUAUAACCAUUGACCCGAAAGAAAUUGAACGGGCUCACCGUCUUGGACGCCAUUCUGCUGGGCGUGUUCGCCCAAUAAUAGUUAAAUUUACAUUUUUUAAAACCAAGGAGUUUAUCCUUUCCAAUGGCCGUAAGUUGAAAGGGACUGAUUACGGCAUUGGGGAAGACUUUUCACGCCCUGUCCGAAUCGCACGAAAGCACCUCAUUACAUUUGUCAAAACUAAAGCCACAAAAUUUUCCUUGCGCUACAAGACAUUGUCCAUUGGCCCUAAGCGCUAUGUAUUCGACGAGCCAUCGCAAACGAUAAAAGAAAUCGCAUAG